AUGGGGAAAUGUUGGUACUGCCAACAGCAAAAAUGUUCCAGGCUUCCAGCUAUGGAUGUUUGGCGAACAGCCGAUGCAGCAAUGGGGUUAAUGGUUUCCAUAAUAGAGAUGACGGCAGAGGCAGAGAGAACAGAAAUGCAGCCCAGGUUGUGUUUGUGUUGCAGAAAGGGUGGGAAUUGUUUGUACUACCAACAGCAUACUGGCGGUAAAGGUGGUCUCAUGGUGACAGCUUCUCCUGGCGGUAACUAUUGUUGA